GAGAAUAAAGAAUUGGGGUACAGCCUAAACGAAAGGAGCGAAGCUUGAAUUAAGCUUCGGUCGCGCCAUAAACCGUGACACUCUCUCAACACCAACAGUAACACUUCACGCGCAUCCCUCUCAAUCCCAAGAUUUUAAGAAUUUAAUCUUAUUUAUAUGCGGCGGAAUUAUGGCCGUUAAUCCGCGAAACUGAGAGCUCCGAAAAUGGUUCAAUUGAAUGCAAAUUUGUUUGAUUCCUCCGAGGUUGAGGAUGGAAUUUUUGAGCUUGAGCAUGUUCCAUUGUCACAAAGGCGAAAGCUUUUGAGGCCUUCAACUAAGCGCCAUAAGGGUUUUGGUGGCAUUGUCCAAAAUGGAAGCGAAACAAAUAAAUCUAUGCCUUGCGUUGAUGUCGUUGUGAAAAAAGAAGAUUUGAACUGUGAUUCAUCACAGGGUGUUCUCCCUUUCCCUUCUGCUUGCUCUGCCAGAGUAGGAGAUCAGCAAUUGUCAAAGAAACAAAAUUAUGAUAGUAAAGAUCCCAGCGGAGUUUCUUCUGAAGACCCAUGCUGCAGAAUUCUGCUUGACUCUGCAAUUGAUCAUUGUUUACAAAGUUCUACUUGCGGAAAAUAUGUGGGUUUGCCUGGAGAUGGCAACCACCAUGACACUCAAGUAAAUGCAUAUCCUUAUUCUGAGCAGGGAAGAUGUAGUGGAGUUAACACUGAUGAUGUUGGAGAAGAGAAAAAACAUGAUGUUGAUGAUUUCACUUUGCACAAAAGUCAGACAUUGCUGGUGGUUCCUGCCAAAAUUAAGGUUGAACAUUCUGGCAACUUGCUAAAUUCAUUGGGUAAUGGUGUAAAUGGCUUUGCUGGUGAUGACAUGUCAGCAGUUGCGGUAAAAACUGAAAUCCCCAGUGACUUUCCUGAUGAUGAUCUUGAUCACAUUGUGCUGAAAGAGCGGCGAAGGAUGCUGCUAUCAAGGAAACUGUUGGAGCUUGCUAACCCACUUCAAGAGGGUACUUCUGGAGGCUUAUCAGAAUUCCUUAAACAACAGUAUGCUGAAAAAGGGAAGGAAGACAUUCAUGUUGGAGAGUUAGUGCCUGGAAAUCAGCUUGACGACAAGCCUGAAGUAACUGCUUUUGUUUCCUGCAGAACUUUGGUAACUGGUUCGUCAGAUGACAUUAUUGCAGAAACGUCAUCUGUAAUCAAUCAAUAUUCAAGCGGAUCAACUAAAUCAGGUGAUGAUAUGGAAAUUCAUGUAAGUGACAAGAACUCAUCAGAGAGAAUGAUGGUGGAGUUGAAUUCAUCUGAGGGGCAGGGUUAUGUGCCUGCUAACACAAGUAGUGCAUGUACUUCACUGUCAUCAACCUUUGUUAAGGUCAAGGAUGAACCUGGGGAUAACAAUAACUUACCUGACCCUGACAAGAGUGCUAUACAUGACUUUUCCUUUAACAAGCAGCCAUUGAAGAGUGAAUUGGGAGUCUUUGAUAAACCAUAUGGAGAUGAUGUAGACCAUAUGCCACUGCAAGACCGGAUGAAGAUGCCAACGUUGGUGGAAAAUAACAUAUCGAGGAACAAUGAAUACUUGAAGAAAAGUGUGCUGUCUUCUGUUGGAUGUAGCAUUAUUGCUUCAGAAUCUGCUGAUCCAAUACGCAUCAGCCGUCCACGGAAGAGAAAAAAGACUGUCACUGAUUCGGUUGAGUCAGCAUUGGAGGAAGAUGCUCCUGGACUCCUGAAGGUGUUGAUUGACAAAGGGGUCUCAGUUGAUGAAAUUAAGCUUUAUGGGGAGAUGGAGAGCGAUGAAGCUCUUGAUGAGUCAUUUAUUGAAGAGAGUUUUUCUGAGCUUGAAGCUGUGAUUACAAAGCUUUUCUCUCAGCGGGAAUCCUUUAUAAAAUUUGCUUCUGUACGAUGCACAAAGGGUGCUAGAGCUACUUAUUGCUUGGCCUGUCUAUUUUCACUUGUGGAGCAGGCCCGAUAUUUGCAGUUUCGACAAUGGCCUGUUGAAUGGGGGUGGUGCCGAGACCUCCAAUCAUUUAUAUUUGUCUUUAAAAGACAUAACAGGAUAGUGCUGGAACGUCCUGAAUAUGGCUAUGCAACGUACUUUUUUGAGAUAGUGGAUUCCUUACCCGUUGACUGGCAGAUCAAGCGUUUGGUGACUGCAAUGAGGCUUAGUAGCUGUGGCAGGGUUUCUCUAAUUGAGAACAAAGCAUUAGUGGUUGGAGAAGACUUGACUGAAGGGGAAGCGAAGGUUUUAAUGGAAUACGGUUGGGUACCAAAUAGCGGCUUGGGAUCAAUGCUUAACUAUUGUGACAGAGUUGUGCAUGAUAGGAAGAAUGAGAGAGACAGCUCAGAAUGGAGAUCCAAGAUAGCAAAGAUGCUGAUGGAUGGUUACAACGGUGGAAUUAAGGUUGCAACCAACAUUCCAAAGAAGUUUGAGAACAACGUAGGUUCUCAAAACCCAGAAAUUAAGUUGGAGUUUUAAGUUGUGAUUCGCUUGUUUUGAAACGUGUAAAUAAUUACAUAGAAAAAUAAUGAGCUUUAGGACAAUUGCUAACAGUGUUUAUUGUACUGGUGUAUUUGCCUCGUUGUACAUGAAUAAAAUUUUCCUUUUAUUUACUUUUAUUUUUAAAUUUUUGUUUAUAAA